AAACAGAGCAAAAAUGGCGAGCUGCUCUCUCUCCACCACCCCAAAGCUCACCACCAUCUCAUCCUACCCAACACUCCAAACCCUCCUCUUCUCCAAAAAGCUCGCAUCUUUCCUCUCUCUCCCCCAAACCCUAACCUCCCCGCGCCUCCUCCGCUCCUCCCGCCACGCCGCCUUCCGCCGCCGCGCGUUCUCCACACGCGCCCAGUCCGACAACGGCGCUGGGGACCCCUCCCGCCACUACGAUUUCGACCUCUUCACCAUCGGCGCCGGCAGUGGCGGCGUCCGCGCCUCCCGCUUCGCCGCCAAUUUCGGCGCCAAGGUCGCCGUCUGCGAGCUCCCCUUCGCCACCAUCUCCUCUGAAACCGCCGGCGGCGUCGGCGGCACGUGUGUGCUUCGUGGAUGUGUGCCCAAGAAGCUAAUGGUUUACGCUUCGAAAUAUUCACAUGAAUUUGAGGACAGCAUUGGCUAUGGGUGGAAGUAUGAGACUGAGCCAAAGCAUGACUGGAGCACAUUGAUGGCCAACAAGAAUGCUGAGCUGCAGCGCCUCACCGGUAUCUACAAGAAUGUGCUCAAGAAUGCUAAUGUCAGUCUGCUCGAAGGCCGCGGCAAGAUAGUGGAUCCCCACACGGUUGAUGUGGAUGGGCAGCUGUAUUCAGCUAGACAUAUACUGAUUUCGGUUGGGGGGCGACCCUUCAUCCCUGAUAUUCCGGGAAGUAAGUAUGCAAUAGAUUCUGAUGCUGCUCUUGAUUUGCCUGAGAGGCCGGGAAAAAUUGCAAUAGUUGGUGGUGGAUACAUUGCCUUGGAGUUUGCUGGUAUCUUCAAUGGUCUGAAGAGUGAUGUCCAUGUGUUUAUACGUCAAAAGCAAAUUUUGAGAGGUUUUGAUGAUGAGAUUAGAGGAUUUCUCGCUGAGCAAAUGUCUCUGAGAGGAAUCGAGUUCCACACAGAGGAGUCUCCCCAGGCUAUCUUAAAAUCAUCUGAUGGUUCAUUUUCCCUGAAAACUAACAAAGGAACCGUUGAAGGCUUCUCACAUGUUAUGUUUGCAACAGGGCGUAGACCUAAUACAAAGAAUUUGGGAUUGGAGGCGGUAGGGGUGAAGAUGGCCAAUAGUGGAGCGAUAGAGGUUGAUGAAUUCUCUCGUACAUCGGUUCCCUCAAUUUGGGCUGUGGGAGAUGUUACAGACAGAGUAAAUCUGACUCCAGUGGCUUUGAUGGAAGGAGGCGCAUUAGCAAAAACACUGUUUCUGAAUGAGCCCACAAAACCUGAUUACAGGGCUAUUCCUUCUGCUGUGUUUUCCCAGCCACCCAUUGGGCAAGUUGGUCUUUCUGAAGAACAGGCUACGGAACAAUAUGGUGAUGUUGAUAUUUACACGUCAAACUUCAAGCCCAUGAAGGCCACUCUCUCGGGGUUGCCAGAUCGAGUCUUCAUGAAACUUAUAGUGUGUGCAAAGACAAACAAAAUUCUGGGCUUGCACAUGUGUGGAGAUGAUUCACCUGAAAUUGUUCAGGGAUUCGCAGUUGCUGUUAAAGCUGGCUUGACUAAGGCAGACUUAGAUGCCACGAUAGGUAUUCACCCGACAGCUGCUGAAGAGUUAGUAACAAUGAGGACUCCUACUCGGAAGAUCAGAAAAAAUCCUCCACCUCAGGAGAAGACAGAUACCGAUGUGAAAGCUGCCGCUGGUGUUUAAUCACGGUCAAUGAAUUUUCUGCAAGACACAGCUUCAAGGUUGUCACUCCCAAAAUUUGUACAUGAAGCCUUUUUGAACAGAGAGCGGCUGAGAGGUUCUCAGCAGCUGUUGAGAUGCAUGUUUCCUCUGGGGCCAGCGAUUGACUUGAACAUAUCUGAAAGCAUUACUAUACUGUGGUAGAGCGAUUUUUGGUUAGUAUGAGCUUAUGAUCCAGCUCCCUUAACAGAAAUUUAGUUUUGCAUUAGUCGAUCAAGUAUAACUUUCUCUUCGCUGUAGCUUU